UUACAUUAAUGUUGAAAAUAGUGUCAUUUUGCUCUAUAAAAGCCAGAACUCCCUAUUCAUCUAUGCAACACAAGUCUUUAGUUCUAUCCUUCACUUCUCCAAGUAUAAUUUGUUACAAUUCAAAAUGGAAAGCUUAGGGAAGUUGGGGAAAUGGUCUUUUCUAACAGUUGCUUUGGCAAUUUGCUUAGUAGCCAGCACUGUUGUUGCUGAUUACUCUUAUGAGUAUACUUCACCCUCACCUUCUCACAACUCUAACAAGUACUACAAGUCACCAUCUCCAUCCAACUAUCAUGUGCCCACUCCUUAUUACAAGAAACCUUAUCCAUCACAUUAUUACUACAAGUCACCAGCACCCUCAAAGCACGCUUAUUACAAAUCACCAUCACCAGCAAAAUAUUACCAGUCACAUGUUCCUUCAAAGCAUUACUACUACAAGUCACCCAUUGUAACCAAGUAUUACAAGUCACAUGUUCCUUCAAAGCACUACUACAAGUCACCAGUUGCAACAAAGUAUUACUACAAGUCCCCAACUCCUUCAAAGCAUUAUUACAAAUCACCCGCUCCUUCUAAGUAUUACUACAAGUCCCCAUCUCCAACAAAGUACUACAAGUCCCCAUCUCCAGCAAAGUACUACAAGUCACCUACUCCAUCAACACACUAUUACUACAAAUCACCAUCCCCAACAAAAUAUUACAAAUCACCCACUCCAUCUAAAUACUACAAGUCACCUUCACCAACAAAAUACUACAAGUCACCAGUUUACUACAAGUCACCUCCACCUCCACCAAAAUACUACGAGCAACCACCAACUUAUUACAAUUCUCCACCUCCUCCAAAGACCUAUGAACAAUCACCUACAUACUACUCACCUCCACCACCACUGUACUACAAAGAAACACCAACCUAUGCCUCACCGCCACCACCUGAGAAGUACGAGGAACCUGUCACCUAUGCUUCACCGCCACCACCUGAGAAGUACGAGGAACCUGUCACCUAUGCUUCACCUCCACCCCCAUCACCAUCUCCCCCACCACCAACCUACUACUAGUAGUCAAAUCCAUUCUUUUCAAUCAUUUCCCAGUUUUGGGGGUUUCCAUUUCCUUUUAUGCUUCCCAAAUGGCCAGCUUUGUUUGUUGUGUGUUCUUUUUUUUUUAUUAAUAAUUCCUAAUAUUUAUCUUUGGAGAUUUAAGUAAGAUCCUUGAGAUCUCCAUCAAUUUGAUUUAUUGUAUCAAGAUU